GCCCGAGGGCAGAGGGACGUCCCCGCGAUACGUACGCUCUCUCUCGUGCCUUUUCCCUAACGUUUAUUUCGUGUUUUUAUUUAUUUUUUCCCUUUUCCUUAUUCAGUUUUCGAGUAUUGGACUUCAGAAAGUUCUAGAUAACAGAUGACUUUAUGUAGUGAACUUACCGAGAUCUGAAAAAAAAAUAAUCGCUUGGAGGACGAGGAUCUUCAGCAUGGGUCUCCUGAAGAUGAGGCCAGCGUCCCUGCUCGCGGCGUCCCUGCUUCUCCUGCUGGCGCAAAGGGCGGCUUCGAACCCCCUUCCCCAGGAGGACGACUACUACGCCGACUACUACGACGACUACUACGACGACACCGGCAGCUCCAACGACCACCACCAUGACCACCACGACCACGAGACGCCCCAAGACCCGGUCGUCAUAAAGGCUGAGCUCGACCCGUUGGAGGAGGAGGCACCGGCGGAGGAGGAGGAGGAACCGGGGGUGGAGGUGGAGGAGGAGGAGGAGGAGGAGGAGGCCCCGGAGGAGGUAGAGGACGAGAGCAGUGAAGAGGAGGAGCCCGUGGAAUCUCCUGCCGUUCAGACGCUGAAUUUCGAAACGAGAAACGGUGUCUUGGGGAGGCGAGGGCGCGCAAUACCUGAGGAACACCUUGAGAAAACCAACGCUGUGGCUCCUGCUAAGGCCGCCGGAGAGACGCCUGCCGAAGCCCCACCUCAGAGCCCAGUUGAGACCCCGGUCGAGACCCCAGAGGAACCCCCUCAGGCUCCAGCUGAGACGCCGGCCAAGAGUGCUGGCGAAACUCCCGCUGAGACGCCCGCUGAAGUUCCCAAAGAAGUGGCUGCUGAGGCCGCAGUCAAGGCUCCGGCCGAAGCUCCUGUCGAGGUCCCAGAAGAGACCCCAGUCGAAACCCCAGACGAAACCCCGGUUGAGGCCCCUGCUGCGGCGCCCGUCAACGUCCCGGUUGAAGAGCCCGCCGCCCCGGUCGAGCCUACGGAGGGCCCCGUCGACGCCGAGGAGGGAGAGAAAUCCGGCCAAGAUCCUUCGGCGCAAUCAGAGGAGGACAAGGCGAGCGACGCGGCCGAGGUUCCCCCCGCUGCGCCUUUCGCAGGACCCAUUCCCGAAGGACCUCCGGAAGGCCCUGGGACGACCGAAGCGCCUGUCACUCAGCAGGAAAACGUUGCCGCGCUGGGUGACGUUGCUGUUGAAGGCGUGUCCGACGGAGUCACGCCGACGAAGGCGGAAUCCACGACAACCACCGAAGCGCAGGUGAUACUAAAUGAGACUUCUGAAGCAGUUGAAGUUCCCCCUGAAGUUCCUCCAGCUGCGUCUCCUGAAAUCCCUCCUGGAGUGCGAGUGAAUCAGGAUGAUGUCAGUCUCAUUAACUUCCCGGAGAGGUGUACCCAGUCCCCCAACCCCGGGGUCUGUCGCGGCGCCUUCCCCAAGUUCUACUUCGACCCCGUCACGAGGACCUGCCGCCAGUUCCUCUACGGAGGCUGCAGCGGGAAUGAGAACAAGCACAACACGGCGGCUGAGUGCUACGAGAAGUGCUUUCCUCAAGGACAGUCGAGCCACGCCAAAAGCACGGAAAGAGCGGCCAGUGACAUUAAGAACACGUACCUGGCACUCCACGAUGGCACUGGCACCUCGACGCUCACCUUCACCGGCGACGGGGCAGCGGCCAAGGUCAAUGACGCUUCCCUCCAGGACUUCCGGGUCAACGGCACGUACCAACUUCAGUUCUACUUCAGGACCGAUUUGCCGCAUGGUCUUAUUGCUUUCUUGCGUCAGGAAUCCGUGCCCGAAGAGCUGGCUGAAAUGAGGAUCCAAUUGUACGUGUACUUGAAGAAGGGUCACCUGGCACUCACACACAUCUUCGGCAACACCACCGAGACCCUUGUGAUGCGCAGAGGCGGCCUCCAGGGGGGCAACUGGCACUCGGCGGUGCUGAAGGUGGACUCGAGCUCGGGCGAAGUCGUGAUGGAGGUCGACAGCCACCACGAGGUCUUCACGCUGGAGAGCCUCGCGAACGACCCGCAGUACACCAACGGACGGUCUCUCGAGGGGUUCGCGUCGUCCCUCUGGAUCGGAGGUGUUUUCGCAAAGGACCUGGAACGUGAAGACGUGGUCCUAGGAAUAGUCCCCUUCCACGGUUGCUUGCAGGACGUGAAGCUCCUUAGUGGGGAUUCCUUCGACACUAUGCAAUACGUGAUGAAGAUGAGGACGACGAAGCACUUUGGCGUGACGGAACACUGCAGUAAUAACUGCAACAACCGCUACGAGAAUCUGUGUGGUCAGCAUUCCCACUGCGUUGAACACUUCGACCACAGUACAUGCAGCUGCUUCAACACCGGUAAAGACGGCAGAAGGUGUACCGACGGAGACGUGCCAGUGUUGAGCCUCAGCGGGGACGGCUACGUGGUCCAUCGUCUGUAUGAGUGGAUGGAUCGCGUUCAGUCAUACGUCAAUCUCAUUUCGUUGUCCUUUAAGACGAAAUUCGCUGACUCGAUCCUCUUCUACGCCUCUUCCGAGCACCCCGAGAAACAGUACAUCACGGCGUCUAUCACUCGAGCCGGCACCAUUUACGUCGAGGUUGACCUUGGCGAAGGACCAGCUGGAGUCGAGGUCGGCACGAACGUGAACUCCAACCUCUGGCACACGCUGACCCUCGUGCACCAGCAUGAGAAAAUUCAGGUGAUAUUCAACCACCGAACAGAAGCGACGAUCGUCAUCCCGGGCGAGAUCCGCUACUUGCACCUGGACCCCGAUUUCUACGUCGGCAACGCCCCCGACCUCACCCGAUAUUGCGGCCUUCCAAUGGGACCCGGCACACGCAUGGGCCCGGGAUGUGAUAAGAACCACACAAGCUAUUAUUAUGACGUGACGAAGGGCACUUGCGAAGCCUUCACGUAUUCCGGAUGCGGCGGAAACGUGAAUCGGUUUGAAGAUGAAGAGACCUGCUUGGAUAAGUGUAAUAGGCCAGGUUUGAGAUCCUUCAACACUUUCCUAGGAUGUUUUGAGAAAGUGUUCUUCAACGACGUCAGUGUUCUUCUGGAACUGGAGCUGAACAACAAAACUACUCGAUACCACGGCCAAACUAAAAAGACGCCGCUCUCCAAGUCUUGCACUUCGAUGAAGUUCCUGCCCGUCACCUUCUCGACGGAGAGCGCCAGCGUGAAGUUGAGGAAUGAAGGCAGCUCGGACUUCCACAUCACCAUCUCCUUCAGGCCCAGUAAGGCGGAGGGCGUGCUCGCCUCAGGACACGUCGACCUCGAGAAUGAGACGACGGAGUGGGAGCUGUGGCACGACAAACACUACGUCACCUUCUACAUUCACGACGGACGGAUGGUUCUCAAGCCGGACGCCAAGAUCAAGAUCGGACACUGGCAAUACGUGGACAUCCGCUACGACAGCAAGACACAGCUGAUGAAGAUGCGACUGAACGACAAAAACGUGAGCAGCAAGAAGGGGGAACUGACCAAGAAAACGACCUUCUCCUCAGAAAUCACCAUCGGAUCCAACGUCCUCGAUCUUCAUCCAGGCUUUGUGGGUUGCAUCAGAACCCUCGAACUGGGAGGAGAGCAAGUGGCAGCCCGGGCCAUCGUCGACACCCCGAUGGCUACUAAGGACGUCACGUUUGAUAACUGUGAGGUGCUGGGGCCUUGCGAGAGGCCCAACGCCUGCGAGCACGGAGGCAAAUGCACUGUGAUUGACGACGACAUCAGCUGCAACUGCACAGGCACUGGGUAUACUGGCAAAACCUGUCACUUCUCGCUGUACCGUCGUUCGUGCGAGCAAUACCGCCAGAUCGGAUUUAACGCUUCGGGGAUCUACAAGAUUGACCCGGACGGCAACGGGCCCCUUCCUGCUGCCUACGUGAACUGCUCCUAUAACACAGUGACGAGGGAAACCACCACUACCGUCGUUCAUAACCUGCCUGAGGAUUACUUGGUGCGCAGCAAAGGGAAGAAGGACACGCAAAUAGAACUCGAAUACAGAGAUUUCACGCCAGAGAUGCUCAAGUCAUUUGUCAGUCAGUCAAAGUCCUGCAGCCAAGAGAUUAGGUACAACUGCAGGAGAUCGCCCCUGAAGCUGUCCACAAGGACUUGGUUCUCUUCCCCUUCUGACGAUUUCUUCACGUACUUUGGAGCGUCGAAGGAGGGCCUGUGCAAGUGCAGAGAACUGAACGUAUGCGAGAGAAAGGACAUUCCUUGUAACUGCGACCUGGGUGACGGAGUGCCCAGGAGCGACUCGGGGGUAAUCACAGACACCGAGCUCCUCCCUAUCACCUCCAUGACGUUCCUGCUUGAUCGCUAUGGGGAGAAAGAGGACACGGAGGGGAGCAUCACGCUGUCGCCGCUGAAGUGCCACGAAGAGGCUUCUGCCAAACACACCGUAAGCUUCACCAACCCCUCGAGCUUCUUAGAGGUACCAGGCUGGAGAGAAGGAAGCCUCUAUUUAAGCUUCAAGACGACCUCGAAACGACCUGUCGUGGCCUACCAGCCUGCCAAUCACCCUGGACACGCCUCCUUCGUCAUCUCUCUCGCAGGAGACCGAGAGCUGGAGUUCAUGUACAGAUACCGAGACCAGGUCAAGCGAACUGUGCUGACCUCGAAGCGCCGCCUCAACACGGGUCACUGGCAGCAGGUCCGCAUCGAGAUCCACCAGCAGCAGAUGCGUGUCAUCCUUAACUCUGAGGAGAGGCUGUUCGACGUCGAUUUCGAUAUUGUGCUCGACGGGUCUAUGUACCUGGGGGCGAUUCCAGAGCACAUCAAGAAUUCCAAGGACGACCUCGAGGGACUAGAAGGCCUGGUGGGAUGCGUCCGCGGCCUCACCCUCGACGAGGAAGUGAUCGACCUGAAGCGAUUCAUCCGGGCAUCCGCGCACGGCGUCUUGGAAGGCUGCAUGCCCUCGUGUGACCCCAACCCUUGCCAGAACGGGGCUCGGUGUGUGGAGGGCUGGGGCAUGUACCGGUGCGAGUGCUCCAACCCCUAUGCCCACUUCGGAAGGAACUGCGAGACAAACAUCAACGAGAACGCGAUCACCUUCAAAACGCAAGACGCGAAGGUCAAAUAUUUCACCAACGACACGGAGGCUCUCGGAAGGUUCAAUCUCCUCAACAACACCUUCUUGCUCAACUUCAGAACGCACGACAAAUCUGCCUUGAUUCUCUUCGCCCACGAUUGGCUGCAUAAUUUCGUGCAGCUUGUUCUCGACGCGCCCGAUAAGCUGGUCUUCCUCUUUAACAGUGGGAAGGAGAUCGCGCAGGUGCAGGUCGAGGCCACGAACGGGGUCGUGUUCAACAAGGGCCAGUCCGUGGAGGUGCUGGUCAAGCGCACGAAGACCUGCACAACCCUCGAAGUGUUCACGCUCGGCCAGACGUUCAGCAAGAUGGAGCACAAGGGCCUGAGUCUCCUGCAGCCCGACGAGUACGAGCAGUUCCCCUUCGGCACGAGCAGGCCGCUGCCGGGGAUGGUCUACUACCCGCACUCGCUGACGAGGCCGAAGCCGUACUUCCAGGCUUACCUUGGUUCGGCCGAUGACAUGUCAAGCGAUGUCAAGUGUAUCACCAAAGGAAUGAUUGGAUGCCUCAGAGGACUUCGAAUCGGAGAUCAAGACGUCUCGCUGCCCAGGCUCUCGGCCGAGUCGGGUAAUAAAGACGAUGACGUAAUACCCGAUUGCAAACUUGCGUGCGACACAGUUCCAUGCAAGAACGGAGGCUCGUGCACCGAAGACUUCAAGAACGUCAAUAACUUCCACUGUGAUUGCUCGGGCACGUCGUACGCGGGGCCUUCUUGUACUGCGGAGUCAGCCUUCACCUUCAGAGGAGACCAGUGGAUGAGCAAAGCCAGUAAUUCGUCUGUUAUUGCUGACUUCAUUCUCGAAUUCGCUUUCUCGGCUUCGAAGGUUGUCAGCGAACCACAGCUGAUCUUGCUCCUCAGGUCCACCGACCCAAGCACCGCCCACGAUUACCUUCUGGUGGGCGUGGAAAGCGACGGGUCCCUCGUGAUAGAGGCGCAGUUCUCUGACUUAGACUCACAGGAGGUGCACGGGGCCAAGCUCACGCCCUCAGCCCACCAGACUGAUGUCUUUGACGGGUAUAGGCACCACGUGGUCAUCGCAAGGUCGCCGACUGAAUGGACGCUGAAGGUGGACGGAGAAGAACGUAAGAUCUUCCCAUUACGAGCUGUGUACGACGUCUCGACAAGUCUCAGGCAAGAUGGUACAUAUUUGUACCUUGGCGGCGUAGAGACAGGAACAGAUGAUCGCUUGAGCCGCUACGUAAACUUCCAUGGCUGCAUUUCAAACGUUGAGAUCGACUACGCUGGGGGGAAACUACGCCCACUUUCCAUGACUCUGAAAAGGGAUAUGCACAUCGCAAAGAGCAGCCUGCCUCCUUCGGAAGGGUCUUGCGCUGCCUUCGGGGCCGGGGGAGCUCCCAGCCUCCUGCGCGGAAUUGGGGAGGAUAACACCAUGAUCGCGGUAUUCGGUGAGGUUUGGAAGCCCCGCCCUCUCGUAAGGAUGCAAUUUGAAGCAGUCAUAGCUCCUACUGGGCAUCCGGAGCGGGACACACCAAUGGAUAACGUGGUGCCGGCCGCAGCUGGUAUUGUGUUCCUUAUUACCAUCAUCAUCAUCUUCAUUCUCCUGCUGCGAAUGGGACAGAAAAGGAGAAAGAAGCAGAAGGAGAUGAUGGAAGAAGAGGAGAGAGAAGCACUGCUGAACGGCAAGAAACCUGGUGAUGCCAAAACGACGGCUGUCUUUACCAUCACGGAGACACAGGAUACGCCCCUCAAAGAUGCUGCUCCGGCCGCCAAGGAGCCACAGGACGCCAUAGAGAUGAAGGAGAUGAACAAAUUCGAGGAGGUCCCCCUGACGGCCGCCAGCCUCGACGCCACCGACGGCACCCCCGCCGAGGCCGACCAGCUGGAGGGCGAACAGGUGCGUAAAGACUCGAGUUCGACCGAGAGCCUCGAGGACGAGGGACGUCUGUCUUGGGACAAGUCUGUCGAUGGACUGCCGCUGAUACUCGGGCAGACACAACCUGCGAGCUUCGACGAAAACGAUGUUGACGAUGACGACGAAAACGACGACGACGACGAAUCCUCGGAGAGCAGCAUCGACUGCACCAUCGAGAUCACUGCCUCGCCUCCGCCCACCCCGACUCCCUCGUCGACCCGCCCGGAUCCCAAGGCCCAAGAGUCCCCGUCCUCCACACGCGUCAACCAGGGCUCUAUGCUCUUCAUCGACGAGGACGCCAUAACAGUGAAGGACUCGGACGACGACACAAGCCUCCUGGCGUUCAAGGGCGACCAGGCGAAGAUGAUGACUAUUGAGGAACCCUCGGAUGAGACGCCGAAGGAGGAGGAAGUCCCAGAGACCAAGAGGAGAAGGGAUCCAGUUCUGACGAGGAGGAGGAGGUCGAUGUGGUGAAUGUAUCUGCAGUAGAGGUGGAAGAGCCGGAGUCUCCAGUCGCUUUUCGAUCUAAGAGUUU